CACUUACGUAUGCGCUAAAUACCAGCCGGUCCAGCCCUACUUCGCUCGAAUGUCAUGCGGCCGCAUAGUUGUGUCGCUGCCUAAGGAACACUCACCCACUAACACUUCCAACUCCAAAGAAUCUCUUUCUAGGGUUCUUGUCUUCGGACGAACAAGAACAGGGGAACAUGAACAAUGGCGAUGGAAAACGAUGGAAUGGAGGGGGAGAGGAAGAUGAGGAUGAGGAUGAGGGAAGUGGGGGAGGCCCUGAUGGGUGGCAGAUAACUUACGCAGAUGAGAGGUCAUGGGAAUCUCUGCAAGAGGAUGAGUCCGGACUUCUUCGCCCCAUUGAUAACAAGAUACUUUACCAUGCUCAGUAUCGCCGGCGCAUUCGCUCCCUAUCCUCCCAGGCAACUGCAGCUCGUAUCCAGAAGGGCCUCAUUCGCUAUCUAUUUGUUAUUAUUGAUCUCUCAAGGGCAGCCUCAGAGACGGAUUUUCGGCCAAGCCGAAUGGUCGUGGUUGCAAAACUCGUUGAAGCUUUUAUUAGAGAGUUCUUUGACCAAAAUCCACUUAGUCAGCUUGGCCUGGUGAGUGUAAAAGAUGGGGUUGCUCAGUGCUUAACAGAGCUUGGUGGCAGUCCCGAAUCCCAUGUGAAAGCUUUGAUGGGUAAACUGGAGUGCUCUGGUGAGUCCUCCCUACAGAAUGCCCUGGACCUUGUUCAUGGCUAUUUAAAACAGAUUCCAUCAUAUGGUCAUCGAGAAGUUCUCGUCUUAUACUCUGCUCUCAGUACUUGUGAUCCGGGUGAUAUAAUGGAGACUAUCCAAAAGUGCAAGAAGUCAAAAAUUAGGUGUUCAGUUAUUGGUCUCUCUGCAGAACUAUUUAUAUGUAAACAUCUGUGCCAAGAAACUGGGGGCUUGUACUCUGUUGCAUUGGAUGAGCCCCACUUGAAAGAGUUAAUACUGGAACAUGCUCCCCCACCUCCAGCAAUAGCAGAGUUUGCCAUUUCUAAUUUGUUAAAGAUGGGUUUCCCACAGAGAGCAGCAGAGAGUUCUAUAGCAAUAUGUUCAUGUCACAAGGAGGCUAAGGUUGGAGGGGGUUACACUUGUCCAAGAUGCAAAGCGCGUGUAUGCGAGUUACCUACUGAAUGUCGAGUAUGUGGGUUGACACUUAUUUCUUCACCCCAUUUGGCAAGAUCAUAUCAUCAUCUCUUUCCAGUAGUACCAUUCGAUGAGGUGCCUCUAUCAUUUCUGAAUGAUGCUAACAGAUUACCAAGAUCUUGCUUUGGCUGCCAACAAAGUCUUCUAAAUCCUGGAAACAAACCUGGCCUUCGUGUUUCAUGCCCAAAGUGCAAACAGCACUUCUGCCUUGAUUGUGACAUUUACAUUCAUGAGAGCUUGCAUAAUUGCCCUGGUUGUGAGAGCUUCAGGCAUUCCAAGUCAGCCAUUGAGUGAAGAAUGAUGGUUCUUGUGAUUUUAAAAUCUGCUGCCCCAAAAAAAGUUUUAAUUCCUCAUGCCUUCGUAAAGUCCGGGUCUUUUUGGGUAACCAUUCUAAGCCGAAGUCACAAGAAAAAUAAGUGUGUGCUUUUGGAACCAUCCAGAAUACCAGUCAAUUUGGGAACACAGGUAUGACCUUGAUUCAUAUCUUUGAAGGGAGAGAGAGAGAGAGAGAGAGAGAGAGAGAGAGAGAGAGAGAGAGAGAUCAUUGGGACCACCGUUGAAAGAAACCAAGUUGGUUAUAUUUCCGCCUGUAUUUUCUUUAUGGAAUUUAUUUAUUUGUUUACUUCAUUUCAAGUUCUAAGAAAGAAAGUUUUUACUCUUGAAGCUUUGUAUUCUUUGAUGUCACCUGGGAAUUGAAUGUACCUCAGUAACAAUCCAUUUCAUCACUACCUGUUAGUGGAAAGUUCUCUCUUUUAGAAUAUCAUAGAUGAACUUUUGUUUA